UUGUUUUCUGGUAUCUAAGGGGUGGAGUGAACAGGACUUCCCUCACUUCUCCCCUUCUCUCUGCCCCCUGCUUCUUUUUGGUGCAGGACAGUUUUUUUUCUGCAUCCCUGCUUACGUCUGGCUGCCGGAGCACAGAGAGUUCCGCAUUCCCGAGUCCUCCCAGUCAGGGAUCAGUGUAUAAACGUGCUGAUGCAACGCUUUCCCCUGUUCAAAAUCUACUCGAGACCCCCAGCUGACCUGAAGAAGGCACAUCACGGGAACGCGGGAUCUAAGUCAGCUGUGGUGAAGGGCGUGUAUGCCAUGAUGCCCGGACAGAUCCCUGACCCUUCGGUGACAGCAGGCUCUUUACCCAGCCUGGGCCCGCUGGCUGGGAUCUCUGCCACGACGCUCACAGACCAGCUCAAAUACGCCGACCUGUGCAGCCUAGGAGCCAUGCUGUCUCCUCUGCACCUUCUGGGCAAGCUGAGCAAGCACCAUCUUCCUAUUAAAGCUGAGAAAGAUGAGGAAGAGGAGAGGAGGAAGAGGAGGCGAGAAAAAAACAAAGUGGCAGCAGCACGAUGUCGAAACAAAAAAAAGGAGCGAACAGAGUAUCUACAAAGGGAGUCGGAGAGGCUGGAGAUGAUGAACUCUGAGCUCAAAGCGCAAAUCGAGGAGCUGAAGCACGAGCGCCAGCAGCUUAUCCUCAUGCUCAACCGUCACCGGCCGACGUGCAUCGUGAGGACAGACAGUGUGAAGACCCCCGAGAGCGAGGCUAACCCCCUCCUGGAGCAGCUUGAGGCCAAAUGAGGAAUAGUGCAAAGACUCUGAGUGGUGCUUUUCCACACUUACUGUUUACAGGUUAGCUUCCAUACAGCUAGCUAGAAGCACUUAGCUCUGAACUCUUGGACAUUUAAGGUUGAUGGAGUGAAGCACUCCAACCUGUGUGCUUGGAGUUUUUGAGCCUUUGUGGAACCCCUGUCUUACCCACGCAUACAUGUCCCAAUCAGAUUGGGUGACGUGCUGACAGAUACAACGUUUGUAGUACUUUUUAUUUCCCCUGUUUGUGGUCUUUCUUUGCCUAAUGGUUUUAUCUUUUUCCAACAAAGGCUAACAAGACAGUUUGUAACAGAUAGCAAAAAAAAACAACAAAAAACACAGACACACUCCUCCAUUCCUCAAGGUAUCAUGUAUGAUCUCUGUUUUGGCCAUAGAAAUGGAUGACUUGUGCUAUGUCCAUGAUACCAAAUCAUAAUCUGCCCUCAUGAAAUUGCUUUUCUUUCUUUCUUUCUUUCUUUCUUUCUUUCUUUCUUUCUUUCUUUCUUUCUUUCUUUCUUUCUUUCUUUCUUUCUUUCUUUCUUUCUCUCUUUUAAGACGCAGGCGUCAUGUAUGCACAUAUACAGUAUAUGGACUGUUUACAUCUUGUUCUUAUAGUUACCUACAAUUUAUAUAUAUAUAUUUUUUUCUGAUUUUUUAUACUUCAUGUACAUUACAUUAUAUGGACUGUUAUCACUAGAUGUGAUACAUUUUAUAUUACUACUAUAUAACAGAUAGUUAUAUAACCCCCCUUUUUUUUCUGUGACUUACUCAUUAUGUUUAAUGGCUGUGAAGAAAUGCAAACAAUAUACACAAUGUAUUUGGGAAGUAUAUUCUACAGUCCUUAAUUAUUAAAUCAGUUCCUCUUCAGCUAUUUGGUACC